AUGCAUAAAAAAAUAUCCUCAAAAGAGCAUGAAAAUGAUGCAAAUGAAUUUUUCCAUGAAAAAAAAAAAAAAAAGAAAAAAACGCAUAAAUGGAAUACAACAUAUACAAAAGGAUCCAAUGAUUUAAAAAGCUAUUUAUAUAGCAUGUGUAUAAAUUUUUCUUGUAGUGAUAUUUAUCAAGAAUAUAUAAGUAGAUUAAGUUUGAAUUCUUAUAAUAACUGUGAUUAUGACCAAAUAAGAAGAAGUUGUUAUAUAUCUAAAAAUGAUUUUUUAAAAUAUUAUAAUUUUCUAUUAUAUGAUAAUAAUUUUGAGUUAGAAGAAGAAAAUAAUGAUGUAGAUGAAUUUUCUUUUUUUUUUAAAAAGCCAAAUGAUUCAAGUGAUAUUGAAGAAGUGGCAACUUAUUUGAUAGGAAAAUGUGAUGGAAAUAUAAAAGAAAACAACGAAGAAUGUAAAGAAAGAGUUUAUAAUAAAAUAAAAAAAUUAAUAUUAAAUAAAUAUAGAAAUAAAAAUAUGUUAUUAACAAUGAAUACAAGUGAUAAUAGUGAUAUAACAGAAAUAUCAAAAAAAAAAAUAUAUAAAAAUGAGAAAACAGAUAAACGAAAAAAUAGUAUAAAUGAUUAUAAUUUAAAAAGUUAUACUUUGGGAAAGUUAAAUACAAAUACAAAAAAUAAAUUUUAUAAUAAUUGUGAACUGAUAAAAAAUGAAGAAAAUAAUGAGAAAAAAUAUUUUCCCAAUGUAAUAAAAAAGUCUUUUUUUUUACUUCGUGAUUUUUUUAUUGAUAAAAACGAAAUUUCUUUUAUGUCUAAUUUAAAUAUUUACUUUUUAAAUUAUGAAAAUGUUUCAAAAAAUGAAAUAAAGAAUAAACAUAAUAAUCACUAUUUUUAUAUGUUAAAUAAUUUGUCUAAAUCACAAAAUGAUCCAUCUGUUGAAAUGUAUUAUAAUUUUUAUAACAAAUUAACGAGAGAUAAAAGAAAUAAAAAUAAUGAUUCUUUAAAAAUAGAAGACGAAGAAAUAAAAAGGGAAGUAAUGUUAGAUAGAAAAAAAUAUGAUGAAAAUAUUUAUGGGUCGACUAAAUCCAAGAAAUUGAUGAAAAAUAGUAUUAUAUCAUCAAAACAUACACAUAUAAAUAUCAAUAGUGUGAAUAAAUUUUCAAAUGACGAUAAUUAUUCCAUAUUGUCUUAUGAAGGGAAAAGUGAAAUAGGUAUGAAAAAAGAAAACAAUAAUGAAAAUACAAAAAGAAUAACAAAAAACGAAUCCAAUUUAUCAAAGACAGAAUAUAAAACUUAUAGAAGGAGAACUAUGAAAAGAUUAUGUUCUGAAGAAAUCGAAGUAUAUUUUAAAAAAGUAAUAAAAAAUGAAAUUAUAAAUUUUAAUCAAAAAAGAAUUGAUAAUAAAGAUAAAUGGAAUACAUUAUUUUCAUUUAUGUUUUCAUGUAUUGGUGCCUCAUUAAGUAGCCAUUGUUAUUUAGAUUUAUCUGAAAUAAAAACAAAAUUUGAUUUUUUUUUACUUUUUUCACUUAUUAUAAUUUUUUAUAUAUUUAUUGGAUUGCCAUUAUUACAAAUGGAAUUUUCACUCGGGCAAAUAUCACAAUCAUCUGUUGUAAAUACUUUUAGUUUUUUAAAAAAAAAAUAUACAGGUAUUGGUAUCAUUACUUUAAUAAUAACAUUUAAUAUAUUAUCAAAAAAUAUAUAUAAAAGUGUAGAUACUGUCAUAAUAAUUACAAAUUCGUUAAAAAAACCUUUACCUUGGCAAAUGAAUCAUUGUGAAAAAAUAGAAUCUAAACAUAUAUGUAUUCAAAGUGAAAGAUGUAGAUGGGUAUCAAUAUCUUUAAAAUCUUCUGUUCAAAAAAAAAUUUAUAAAGGAAUAAUAAAUUCAAAUUUCCAACAUAAAAUAAACAAACAAAAUCAUGGAUUUCCUCAUUUAAACGUACAGAAUAAUCCUAAACUUUUGAAUGCACCAAAAAUGGAAUGUAAAUCAAUAGGAAUUUUAGAAGGCAUUCAUUUUUUUUCUAAAGAUAUAUGUUUUUAUUGGAAAGUUACAUAUUUAUUAUUAAUUAUGUUAGUAUUGUAUGUUUUAAUGAGAAUAGAAGAAAUGUCUUGUAAUAAAUUUUUGCAAUAUUCAUUUUUAUUCUUUAUAACAAAUUGUAUUUUCCAAAUGAUACAAAUGUAUAGCAAAAUUUGUCUACAUUGUAAUGACCGGAAUAAUAUUAAAAAUAACAUUAAUUCUGAUUAUAGGGAGAAAAGUAUAUUUUUUGGGGAAAAAAAUUUAUUCUAUAUAAAUAUUCAAUUUAUUGGAAAAAUAAUAAAUAUUGUAUUAAUUUCUAUUAAUUGUUCUACAGGAAUAAAUUUUAUGUUUUCAUCAUAUACAAAUAUAGGAGAUAAUAUAUUACCAUUUGUCCCAUAUAUUAUAUUAGGAUCUUUAAUUGGAAUAGUAAUACAUUUGGGAUAUUAUUAUUUAUGUAUAUCUAUUAUAAUAAAAUAUGGAAAUGUAUAUGAUAGUAUAGAAUUGAAUAAUUUACUUAUGGGUUUAAAAAUGUUGCCAAUUAAUUAUAAUUCUUUUGAAGAUUUUUUUAAAAAAGAGAAAAAAGUUAUAAAAAAUAAGAUAAUAUAUUUUAUAGCUUUAUCAAAAAUGAAUUUACCAAAUAUUAUGACCUUUACAUAUUUUUUGUCAUCUUUAUUAUUAUUACUUAUAUCUUGUUCUAUACAUUUAAAAGGAAUUUUAUUAAUUUUAAAAGAAAGUAAAAAAUUAAUAAAUUAUAAAAAAAAAAUUAUUAGUAUAUUUAUAAUUAUUUUAUAUUUUUUUAUUGUUUUUUUUAUUAUUUUAUUCCCAAUGUGCCAUAAUAUUAAUUUAUUAAUAGACAGCAUUAUAUCUAAUUAUAUUUAUUUUUUUGUCAUUUUUUUACAACUAAUAUGUGUAACAUGGAUAUAUAAUUUUGAUAGCAUACAAAAAUUUAUAAAGAUAAACUUAUUAGAAUAUAUUUGUCUUUUUCUUUUGUUUUAUUUUAUAUCCUUGUUUAUUCCUAUUAUUAUAUAUUUAUAUAGAAAUACAAAUAAAAUCGUUGGAUUCCAGACAUUUUAUUUUUCACUUUUGUUUUUUUCCUUUUUAAUUAUAUCAUUCUUAUUUCUUAACAUUUUUAUUACUGUGUACAAAAAUAAAAGGAAUACAAAAUUCAAGACAAAAUUAUAUUUUUUAUAUUUAUUUAAUAUUGAUAUAUUUAGGAAAAAAUUAAAUAAUAUAUUAUAUGGAAAGAAACGUACUUAUAAUUUGGGGGAAAAAAAAGCAAUAUGUUUAUACCCUUAUUUUCAAAAACUUAAUAUAACAUGGUGUUUAUUAGUUAAAUAUUUAAUCCCAUUUUUUUUUAUUUUUAUUUUUUCAUCAAAUUCAAUAUGUAAUAUUCAUGAUAUUUUUAUUUCUAACAAAUAUAGUGAAGGGAGCAAAACAGAGAUUUCUCCAAAAAAUGAACAAAAUGUUUCCAACACUUUAUCAAAUCGUUUGCGAAUAAAUAAUAAUACAACUUUGAAAACUGGAGAAAAUACAAAUUUGAAUGUUUUUAUAAAUAAAGAAGAUGAAUAUAAAAAACAAAACUUAAUGAAUGAAACAAUCAAAAAAAAUAAAUACAAGUUUGGAAUGCUUAUACAAUAUAUAGUGUCAAUAAUAAUGAUAAUAAUCAUAUGCUUAUUUUCAGUAGCCCCUUUUAUAAAUCCUAAAAAUUUAUCUAUAUUUGUUUUGCCCUUAACACAUAUAUGGAAUAUUAAUGAUAUUCAAAUAAAAAAAAAAAAACCUAUAAAUUAUUUAUAUACAAGAUAUAUAUUUUUUUUUGAAGAAAUUUUACCUUGCGACAAAAUUAUGCCAUUUUAUGUUUGGAAACAUGUAAAAAAACAUAUAAAAAAUGAAAGUUUUAUAAUAUCAUUAAAACAAGAAAAUGAAAAUAAUCCUAAUAUUAAUGACAAAAGUUAUACUAACAUGAAUAAAGACAAUUAUGAAAAAUAUAUAUUAGACUUAAUUGGAACUAUCUUCAAAUCAUUAUAA